AUGUCCCACGAAGGCCAGGAAGAAUUAUUGGACUACUCCGACUCCGAGGAGAUUGCCGUGCAGCCCGCCAAGACUCAGGCCGACGAGGCUGCCGGCAACAAGGACGCCGACAAGAAAGGCUCCUACGUGGGCAUCCACGCCACUGGUUUCAGAGACUUUCUUUUGAAGCCCGAGUUGUUGAGAGCCAUUGGUGACUGUGGUUUCGAGCACCCUUCUGAAGUUCAGCAGGUCUGCAUCCCCCAGUCCAUUUUGGGCACGGAUGUCUUGUGCCAGGCCAAGUCCGGUUUGGGUAAGACUGCGGUUUUCGUGUUGUCGACCUUGCAGCAGUUGGACCCCAUCCCGGGUGAGAUCUCCACCUUGGUGAUCUGCCACACCAGAGAGUUGGCCUACCAAAUCCGUAACGAGUACGCGCGUUUCUCCAAGUACAUGCCGGACGUCAAGACCGACGUUUUCUACGGCGGUGUCCCCAUCACCAGAGACUUGGAGAAGUUGCAGAACAAGGACACGUGCCCUCAGAUCGUCGUGGCCACGCCCGGCAGAUUGCACGCGCUUGUGGCCGAAAAGGGCAUUCGUUUGAACAACAUCAAGUCUUUUGUUGUUGAUGAGUGUGACAAGGUCUUGGAGUCCUUGGACAUGAGAAGAGACGUGCAGGACAUCUUCAGAAACACCCCUCACCAGAAGCAGGUGAUGAUGUUUUCCGCCACCUUGUCCCAGGAAAUCCGCCCCGUCUGUAAGAAGUUCAUGCAGUCUCCAUUGGAGAUUUUCGUUGACGACAAGGCCAAGUUGACUUUGCACGGUUUGCAACAGUAUUACCUCAAGUUGGCCGAGAAGGAGAAGAACAGACAGUUGUCUGCCUUGUUGGACACCUUGGAGUUCAACCAGGUCAUCAUCUUCGUCAAGUCCACCCACAGGGCCAACGAGUUGAACAAGUUGUUGUGUGCUUGCAACUUCCCCUCCAUUGCGAUCCACUCCGGAUUGAAGCAGGAGGAGAGAAUUGCUAGAUACAAGUCUUUCAAGGAGUUCAACAAGCGUAUCUGUGUCUCUACCGACGUUUUCGCCAGAGGCAUUGAUAUCGAGAGAAUCAACUUGGCCAUCAACUACGACUUGCCCAGUGAGGCUGACCAGUACUUGCACAGAGUCGGCAGAGCCGGUAGAUUUGGUACCAAGGGUUUGGCCGUGUCCUUCGUGUCUUCCCAGGAGGACGAGGAGGUCUUGGAGAAGAUCCAAUCCAGAUUCGAUGUCAAGAUCACCGAAUUCCCCGAGGAAGGUGUGGACCCUUCGACUUACAUGAACACCUAA